CCUCCCUCAACCACACCCCGAUGAAAGCCAGCAGGGAGUAGAUAGGGGUGGAUGCGGAGGGGACACACAGGCCAGUCCACAUUUCUGUACAUCAGGUCAGAGGGCUGCGCACACAGAGCCUGCAAGAUAACCUCCUUGUAAUCCCAUCACCUGAGAGAGACCCUGGGAGUCAUGGACAGCAUUCUCAUGCAAAGGAGACUCUUCCUCUACAACUUCAGGAACCUGCGCAAGGCCAAGGGCCGGCGUGAAACCUACCUGUGCUAUGUGGUGAAGCGCCGGGAUAGUGCUACCUCGUGCUCCCUGGACUUCGGAUACCUGCGCAACCAGAUGGGAUGUCACGUGGAGGUGCUCUUCCUGCGCUACAUCGCAGCCUGGGACCUGGACCCGGGACGCUGCUACCGAAUCACCUGGUUCACCUCCUGGAGCCCCUGCUACGACUGCGCCCAGCACAUCGCCAACUUCCUGCGCUCCUACCCCAACCUGAGCCUCCGCAUCUUCAUGGCCCGCCUCUACUUCUGCGAGGACCGCAAGGCAGAGCCCGAGGGGCUGAGGCGCCUGCACAAGGCAGGGGCACAGAUUGCCAUCAUGACCUUCAAAGAUUAUUUCUACUGCUGGAACACAUUUGUGGAGAACAGGGAACAGGCAUUCAAAGGCUGGGAAGGGCUGCAUGAAAACUCUGUCCAUCUUGCCAGGAAACUUCGACGAAUCCUCCUGCCGCUGUACGAAGUAGAUGAUUUACGAGAUGCUUUUAAAAUUCUGGGACUUUGAAGUGAAAGUCAUCGGCAAUCAGAAGACUUCACAAGCACUUGCUCUUUGAUUUCCAACUCUCACCCUUACGACAGAUCUUUCUCCUCUUCCCUCCUUACAUCACUCUUCCUUCCAGCCCUGUGUCUAGAGAUAAGACUGUCCUUACUUUUUAUUUCCAAGGAGAAUGAGGCUGAUCUUGUGAAGACACCUUCCCCAGGCUCACACCUUAUCCAUCGCUAACUGGGAAUAGCCAGGACUGCAGUGACAUUGCCAGAGAGUCAUUUGCCUCCCCUCAGUCCCUGCAGAGCUAAUCCAGGUGAUCCACUAAAUGGAGCUCUGGGUUUAGCCUUGCCCAGGUGGGAGCAGACAGCCUGCAAAGCUGUUUGUGUGACUGUGCUCUCACUGGCACUGCACUGACCUGCACAUUUCAUGAAGGCUUCAGGGAGCACAUUUUUUGGCUCUUAGAGCUGCACUACACUCAGCUGCU